AAUUCAGCUUCAAUUUUCUCCCUAUCAUUUACUAUUUCUAAAAAAAAGAAUGCAUUUCACAAUGACAGAACAUCAUUUUCUGGUAUUUUUAUCUCCUAAAUGCACAAGGAGCCUGAGCACAGUGAAGAAGAGAGAAAAUAUUUAAGGCCUCCAAAACAAGGUUGAGACCACCGCACUCGUCCACUCGGGCGAUCAAUCAUGUUGUCGUCCGUGACCAAACUGGCAGCCUGGGUGCUGACCGGCUUCUUGGCGAUUCUCACCAUUUUCUUCAACAUGUACCUGCUUCUGAUCAACCAGAGGAACUACCGGAAGAGCAGAAAGCACCGACUGAACCCGGCCGACUUCAUCAUCACAGCCAUCUCCCUGGCCAGCAUCUCCCUGCAGGUUCUCACGUACUUAUGGCAGACGCUGGAUGUGAUCGACACUGUGUGCCACAUCAGCUUAGCGGGAGCCAUCCUGCUGGUGCUCAUCUACAGUGUCAAGUUCAUCAUCUUCUGGAGCACGGCGUUCCUGACCUUCUACUACGGCACUAAACUGGUGGUGGAGCCUGUCCACUGCUACACACGUAUACAGGAGGGCAUCGUCAAACACGUCCACACGGCCCUGGCGGUGAUCGUGGUGAGUGGUUUCGCCAAUUGUGUCCCACUGCUGAGCGUGUUGACUUACUAUAACGGCACCACCAGCGGGCUGAGUGACUGCGGCUCCAUCAUGCCCACCGACAUGACCGGACUUGCCUACAUCUUCUACUACGUGAUCAUCUCCGACAUCGUUCCGGGAAUAGUGAUGGUCAAAUGCAGCAUUUCCAUCUCGUACCACCUGGCCAAACAUCUGCUGGACAUGAAGGCCAGCACCAACGGCGCCCACGGGCCCAAGCUCGGCACGCAGAUGCGGGUCAUCAAGAUGACUCUCAGUAUGGUGGUGGUGUUCAUCAUCUUCCUGAUCGUGGACAUCUUCACCCAGAUGACCGUGGUGCUGAUGAGGCAGAACACACUGGCCCUGACCGUUCUCUUCGCCAGCAUCUACACCACGGUCAGCGCGUUCGUUCUGGUCUACGGGAAGAAAAGCUACUGGAAGGAACUGAUCGCAACUUAUAACCUGUUUUUAGACGAGUACCCUUGUUUGAGCAGCAUAAAGGUGGAAGAGGUCAAAACAGAACCGCAUGAGCACAGCCAUGGGCACUGAGCUAGAUACAAAUGAUAUUGUUGUGGAGCUUCUUGCUAUGUUUCCUGAGAGAGACCAGGUGAGAAAUCUUCCAAAUCUGCACGGCGCCGGACAUUCAGAUCUUCACAUGGUCUGCAGAAAAAGUGAUGUCUGAAUGGCAUUGCAAUAAACAAGUAAAUAUUAAAGCAAGUGGCAACUAUUUUUCUUUAAAAUAAAGGUCCGUUGCUUUGGUAU